CACGAUAACACGAUAUCCAUUGAUGUGGUAUCGUUUUGAGUAUCGUCAACCCUCAGAGUUCCACAAAAUGACGGACCGAAAAUUGCAGAAAACCAGCUUAGUGGAUAGGCCUUUGAGCAAAGGAAAGAGCGAGAUGAACAUAAGUACCUUUGCCCUGCUAUUUUCUGAAAUGGUUCAGUACUGUCAGAAUAGAGUUUCAUCGGUUCCAGAACUACAAAGCAAGCUAUCUGACAUGGGCCAACAUGUAGGAGUUCGAAUUCUAGACCUGCUAUUCAUCAGAGAAAGGGGAUUGAAAAGGGAAACCAAACUUCUCAACAUUUUGCUCUUUAUCAAGUCUAAUGUGUGGAAGGUUCUGUUUGGAAAAGAGGCAGAUAAAUUGGAACAUGCAAAUGAUGAUGAAAGAACUUAUUAUAUCAUAGAGAAGGAGUCUGUUAUCAAUAAAUUUAUUUCAGUGCCAAAGGAUAAAGGUAGUUUGAACUGUGCAGCUUUCACCGCUGGUAUCAUUGAGGCUAUACUAAAUGGAUGUAACUUUCCGGCAAAGGUAACUGCUCAUUGGCACAAAGGAACCACGUACAUGAUCAAAUUUGAAGACUCUGUUAUUGCUAGAGACAAAUCUCUGGAACAACGCUAGUCUUUCAGAAAAUGUUUACGGUAAACUACAGCAUGUAUAUCUUCGCUCGAGGAAGACAAGAAAGAAGGAUUUAAGGGGCAGGUUGCUGUCUUAGGAUGCUGUCUUUCUCGGAUGAUCCUCUUUUUGUAUUACAUGCUCUGUUAAAGGAGAACUAUCAA